UUAGAUGAUGCACAAAGAAAGAAGUCACUUUUCCACCGUUCUCCAAAGUGAUACGCGCGCGCUCAUUCUGGCAAAAUCGGAAUAUAAUCAGACAUUUUAUGCACCAGUUGUUUUGGGGCGCGAGUUUGGAGCUGUUUUUGAUCGUUAUUUUCGUACUACUUAAAGAAAUACAUGGGAUGUUAACUAUGACCAUCAUCAAGCCAUAUUGUGCGUCAUUUCUCUUUUUUCACUUGAAUCGGUGAAGUCAAUCUGAUCCAAAAUGAAGUUUGGGAAGAAUAUAUGUAUCCUAAAUGUUGGUGGUACCAAGUAUGCUUUCACAAGAGAAGUUAUUAAGGAUUUUCCUCUCCGAAGAGUGAGCAGACUACACAGCUGUUCCUCUGAAAAAGAGGUCUUGGAGGUAUGUGACGAUUAUGACCGCGAGAGAAACGAGUUUUUCUUCGACAGGCACUCCGAGGCGUUUGUGUUCAUCAUGCUUUAUGUCCGAUCUGGAAAGCUCAGGUUUGUCCCGCAGAUGUGCGAGAUUUCGUUUUAUAACGAAAUGAUCUACUGGGGUUUGGAGAGCUCACAUUUGGAGUUUUGUUGCCAGCGACGGCUGGAGGAUAGGAUGUCGGACACAUACACGUACUUUUCAGAAGAGGACAUCAAGGCAGAGGUGGAGUCCAGAGGUGAGGAGGAGGAACAGGUCAGCAGGCUCGGGAACGCGCGGUGGCUGGAGAGGAUGCGAAGGACUUUUGAGGAGCCAGCUUCUUCCGUCGCGGCGCAGAUCCUUGCAUCAGUGUCAGUGAUUUUUGUCAUUACAUCUAUGGUCAUACUUUGCGCAAGCACUCUGCCUGAUUGGGAUACAGCAAAAAACAAUACAGUGGAAGAACACAGGAUUAUCGAGGCAGUAUGCAUUGGCUGGUUUACUGCCGAAUGCAUAGUGCGCUUCAUUGUCUCAAGGGAUAAAUGUGAGUUUGUGCGCCGCCCCCUUAAUAUUAUUGACCUGCUGGCGAUCACUCCUUACUAUGUGUCUGUCACUAUGACAGCGCUGACAGGAGAGAACCCUCAGCUACAGCGAGCAGGAGUCACCCUGCGCGUACUACGAAUGAUGCGCAUCUUUUGGCUAAUUAAGUUGGCACGUCACUUCCUCGGUCUGCAGACACUUGGGCUGACGCUGCGCAGGUGCUACCGUGAGAUGGUCAUGCUGCUGGUGUUUGUCUGUGUUGCAAUGGCAAUAUUCAGUGCCCUGGCACAGCUGUUGGAGCACGGGCUUGACCUGGAGACUAGCAACGAGGACUACGCCAGUAUCCCGGCAGCCUGCUGGUGGGUUAUUAUCUCCAUGACGACCGUCGGCUAUGGAGACAUGUACCCCAUCACCAUUCCGGGACGCGUGCUGGGUGGCGUAUGUGUCGUGAGUGGCAUUGUGCUGCUGGCUCUGCCCAUUACAUUUAUCUACCACAGCUUUGUACAGUGCUACCACGAGCUCAAAUUCCGCUCAGCACGCUGCAUGCGAAGUCUCUCCUCUGAGUUUCUCAACUGACUGUAGGGUAGUUCAUCCUGAGAUCCUCGGAACGUGCUGGUCUUCAGCCUAGUAACAUCACCUGCUCUUAUGUGCCUUUAUUUUUUAACAGACAUUCUAAAAUAUAUUGAUUAUGACAAGAAAAACACUACUUGUCUUGUUGAAAAAUUCAGACUCUGUUAUAUCCAAAUAAUAACAUAAUACCUCUUUACUGAAGGACACAUUCUGAAAUUCCAUAAUUCAUUGAUUUUGGACUAUACAGGAAUCUGGUUCAAUCCCCCUCCCAGCCACCCCCCAACGCUUAAAGGUGGAAAGUGCACAAAAAGCAUUAUGAUCCAAAGGAAUUGCACGAGCCAAUGUUUAUGUUGUAAACUCAUGCCUGUGUAAAUGAACAAAACGGAUCCAACAGCAUUUCCAUUAUAUGAACGGACAACUGUGGCAUUUGACAACUACAGAUGGCCAGGCUGCCUGAAACGGGCAUGUGGCGAGACCUUGUGUCCAAACAGCGCUCUAGAAGGAGCUCAUACAAAUGCUUGUGUUUCCAUGGAGAAGUCCAUCCUUGUUAAAUCAUUAAUUCAGCUCUAUAGCUCUAUAAGCUCUCAAAAAAGUGAAAAGGCAUGAAGAACAAAAGAAAAAGGUUUAAGCGUUUGGAGUGUGUUUUGGAGUGGCACAAUAGAAGCAUUUGAGCACAAUAUGAAAAUGAAUACUGUGAAACACAUUUGUUUUGAUAAUAAAAGUGACUCACAAAUGUGCAGAAUAAAAUAAAGUUUAUCCUUGUCUUGAUCAUACAAUGGUAGUUAACAUUACUAAAUCACAAAAAACAAACAUCAGCUGUCCCACCAGACAGCGACAGAUCUGCAACCUGUCCAUGCAUGAGUGUGUGAAUCAAGAGGCGUUAACUAAAUUGAUUAGCAAACACCUCACCCACACACUCACAAGUUGGAGGGCUGUCAUUCGCUUCCUUUCUCCUUUUUGAAUACAAGCACAAAAUCAAACCUCUUUCCCUCAUUCCAGGAACUUUCUGACUUUAUGCGUCUUUUUUAAAUCAAAAGAUUAAUUUUGGAUAUAUAUUUGCUAGAUUGGGGUACAUACUCUAAAUUUGAAUAGUAUUAUGUUAUUAUGGAAAUAAAAUAUAUUAAAUUAACAUUAUAACAAGGUUAUAAAGCUUACAGAUUUUUGCUAAAGAUAAAUUGAUAAUAAUAAUGUAAAAACCAAGAUAGAGUGCGUUGUUCAAAAUUCAGGUUAUGCUCUAAUGACAUGAUUUGUCUUUAGCCUUAAUUGUCAUGCAAUGUAGAGAUCUUUUUUCUUUAAAUAAUUGCACAAACAUUGUUUGAUUAAUGUCAUAUCACGCAAUGUGUAUUCUUGCAUCUGUUAGGAGAUGUUUGCCUUCAUGUCUGUGUCAUUUUGUAGCUAUGAAGAAGCAAGGAUAUUGCAGUUUAAUGCUUCACUGUUUUUGUGGCUAUCUAGGGAGGGGGACAUUAAAAGAUGCAAACGAAAUCUUAUGUAGCUCUAUUCUGCGAUUUAAAGUGUAUUCUAAUUGGUAAAAGCAAU